AUGCCAGAGCUGCUGGGCUCCGGCUCAGUCAGGCUGAAACCCGCCCGCCCCCGUUUCCAAAGGGCCCUCCGCGGGCAUCGUCCCACCCUGCUGCUUUGCCGACUGGCUGCAGGGACGCGCUACUUCCACGGCAGCAACAAGGAACAAACGGAUCAUCGAGCCAACAAGGAAUGCCAGAGCAGCCGGAACCAGAGCGGCGGCGCACAGCGGACGGCCCUCGCACCUGCUGGGCAAGACGCCAUCCUUCUUCUGGACCCCAGUCCCGGCACCAACUUCGGCCACCCGCUCCUGCUCUUCUACGUCGACUUCAACGUCAGCCCGCGCCGGUGCCGCAGCCGCGACAGCCUCUACCUGGGGAGCUAUGAAUGCUUGACUCCUGUACAGAGAAAUCACUGUGAGAACCAGCUAAAGCGCAGACCAGGACGCAGCAAGGGGCGGAGCCAGCGGUCAGCAGGACACAUUCGCCAUGAAGAGCCACCAGUAGGGUUCUGUGAGAUACAUUUUCUGCCCCUGGUAGUGGUGGCCCAGGACCUGAAACACCUGCAAAAACUGCACUGCAUAGAUCUCCGGGGGUACAGCCCAUGCCCACAGCCGCUGCCUCUUGUUAGUUCUAGUUCCACGGCUGCCUACUGUGAGCUCAACAAGAAUACACGGCGGUGCCAUCGCCAGCAGGCUCCGACAUACAAGUUGUGCCGCAUGUAUCAGACAUGCGACCAUGCAGUAUUGAUUGCAGGUGGCUGGCAAGAGCAGGUCACCUAUCCCCACCAUGCCCAGAACCUGUUGCUCUUCUACCAGAUGCUUCGACGAAAUGGUUUCCGCCAAGAGCAUAUCAAGGCUUUCUUUGCCAAUGAGGGACAGGCUUCAGUGGAGAUGGGAAAUGUGCAACCAGCCACAGAGAAGUUGGCAAUCCGGUCCCACUUGGCACUUAUCUGCCGUAGCCUGCAUUGUGCUGACACUCUGGUACUCUACCUCAAUAGUCCAGCUUCCAGUGAUGGCACCAUGCUCUUGUGGGAUGCUAACCAUAAUGGCAUUGCUGAUCCUAAAGAGCGGUAUGCCAUCUCAGAGCUCUUAGGAGACUUGGAAAGUUGCAAUGCCCACCGGGUGCUGCUUUUCCUUGAUCAGAGCUAUCCAGGACCAUUGGUAAAGAAGCUUCGGGCAUCACAGCACCAUCCCAAUGUAGUGCUGGUACGUAGCACCACUGCCAUCCGAAGUGGAUCAGCUUUUGCUGAAUUCUGGGCAGGACUGCAGCCUGACCAGUGUCUGCUUCAGCACACCUUGCCGGUGGGUUCAUGGUCUGCAGUCUUGGCCUCUGGUACUCCAGUCCAGCUGCUCAAUGUCACAUUAGCAGGAGCCCCAUGCCAUUCUGUGCCACCCCUAGGAGAGGAGGAACGCCAGCGUCGCUACCAAGGCUGCCAGAACCUUCCCACCAUGUUGUGGUAUCAGAGCAGGCACCAACAGGAACUACAGGCAGAUGACUGA